AUGACAACGGACAGUGGCCUUCUUGAUGGCUGGCAUGAAGCAAAUGGCAAGACAACUGGCAUCGACCCUGAGACGAGCAAUCAACAGCAACAGUUUUCCAAGAAGCAAGACAAAGAUGUAGUUGGCGAUGAUAUACCAGGGUUUCUGAGAAUUUAA